GGAGACACGGGGUUCCGAUCAGCUGACCAUCAAAACAGACGGGGGGCGGAGGCAUGGGGUAGCUAAAGGCCUGAUAGUCUGGCGCACUCAGAACACUGCUGGUUAAGGCAACGCUGGUGUCAAUCAUAUAUAUAUUUUUAACUGUGAUAAAGGAAACAAUACGUGAUUUCUCCCAGAGACUCCUUCUUGUCGUAUUAUCCCUUAGUAAUGUUGGCUAGGUGGUAGCAAGUAUGUGUUGACAGGCCCGCGCUGCUGUCAAAGCCGAUGUGAUCUGUGUCGCCUUGGUACUUCUGUUUUGUUGACUCACGUGCUGUACUGUAGAGAGGAAGGAUGGCCGCGCUAGAGAGCCAGAGCCAUGUAUUUCCGGCACGGGUACCAGCAGAGGUUAAGACCCUAGUGAAAGCCACUCACACCAUGGACAAAGCUGUCUUCAGGCGGCUCAUCAAGAUUGCCCUAGGCUACCUGCAAGGUGGAGGAACAGAACAGGAGGCAGCCAUUACUCACCUUUGUGGAGCAAGCCAAGCCAACACUGAAGAACAGGUCAUGAGUGUGUGUGUUCAGUAUUCUGGAGUAAUAAGUCUGCUAAGGGCUGUCCUAAGGCUCAACACUACCACCACUCGCCAAGAUGCGUUUGUAGCAGAUCUCACAGCCCUUGGGCUACCUGGUGAGUUCGCUGUGGAUGUGGGCCGAGUGGUGUAUGGAGCAGCCCGACCAGACAUUGACCACCAGUUGGUGGCCAACUCUCCGUCUCUACCCACCCUCGCCCACAUGAGUUGGAGGGUUGACGUCACUAUUUCAACAAGCUGGCUGUCACGAGUACUAGAACCAGUGGUGGUGAUACGGAUGAAGACCAGCACUGGUGCCUCACACACUUUCCAGGUUCCACUGAAUAAGUUCCAUCUGUUGAGGUUUACAGUAGCAAGCCUGCUGCACCAGAUGGGCAUGCUGCAGGCUGCUCCUAUAUGUAAGAAGUAGAGACGGUGGUGGUGGUUCUUUUGGUGCAAGGUUUCAUGCAUCUAUGUGGAAGACUGUUUCAAUUGAUGUGGUGUUACAGAUGAUCAUUGAUGGUUGUUUCAGUAGCAUUUCCUCCUAGAUGAAACAGGAGCUUGGAGUAGAAUACAGUGAACACAAAAGUUAUUGUUAUUGUUUCAGUGAUCAAUAGUGUUACUAUCUGUGGUUUCUGACUAUUCAAGUGCAGUAAACAAGUCAGUGAUGACUGGGUAACUAUGAUUGAUGAAUUUUCCUGAAGCCAAGAUACUUGGUUUAAACUAGGUAUAUGAACUUUGCAAUGCAAAAAAUGGAAGUUUAUUUAUAAGCUUCAUAAGCUUGUUGUAACAAAUAUUUUUCUAUGUGGAAUGAUCAUAGAUCUAUUCUGGCCACAGACAAACGUCAGCAACUAACAUUUUGUGCUACACCUGCAAGUUUGAUUUUUUUUUUUUUUAUGGUCCAAACUUUCAAGGAAUCCAACUGUGAUCUAUGUACAGAAGUAGAACAGUGUGUGAGCCUUUUGUCAUCUAUCCAUGUUUUACAUUUUUAAAUGUUUUUAAUACCAUGUCUGGGAGUAUGACAUGAUAAUUAAAACCAAAGUUAUACACAAUGAAAAUUACCUCCUAUAUCAAACAUUUGUACAACUUACUUAUUGACAAGGAUCUUGAAAAACCUAUUUUCAUGUUAUUCCUGACACUGAUUUAGUGUUGAAACCUUGUUCAACAUCACUGUUGCAUACAAACAGCUUCCUUCAUAAUAAAAAAAAAUCAAGUUUAUAAAAUAACCAGUAUAAAAAUCAUGUGCAUAUUUUCAGAAUAAAGUACAAAAAUUCA